AAACAUCACACUGACGUACAAGAGUUGCUUGAACGUAUGAAUUGUAAUGAAUUGCAUGGUUUUAUUAUCAUUAUCACCGAGCAACUUGUAUAUUAAGAAGUCGUUUGAAUACAGCAAGGUGACAACCGUAGUUUAUAACUGAAUUCGCUGGUGUAAUAUUCAGUUUGUGUUGUCAACCCACGUAACAUAGUAGUGUUUCUACGCGAAAACCACACUGAAAUCUGUUGGAAAACUUGAAAGUACAGUUUCGUAUAAAGUUUCCGAAUACGUUAAUAGCUGUAGUCCCUAUGAAAGCUUUCUUUCUGUAAGAAUUGUAAAUCAUGGAUGAAGAACCAGAGAGAACCAAACGCUGGGAAGGAGGAUACGAACGAACAUGGGAGGUGCUGAAGGAGGAUGAGUCUGGAUCUCUCAAAGCUACUGUUGAUGAUAUACUUUUCCAGGCAAAGAGGAAAAGAGUAUUUGAGAGUCAUGGACAAGUUCGACUUGGGAUGAUGCGCCACCUUUUUGUGGUUGUUGACUCAUCUAGAUCGAUGGAAGAUCAAGACCUUAAGCCCAACAGACUGACCUCCACCUUGAAGCUGAUGGAAUAUUUUGUGGAGGAAUAUUUUGAUCAGAACCCAAUCAGUCAGAUAGGGAUCAUUACCACCAAAAACAAAAGGGCAGAAAAACUGACUGAUCUGGCAGGGAAUCAUAAGAAGCAUAUAGCAGCUCUGAAGAAGGCUGUGGACUCUGCGUGUAUUGGAGAGCCAUCCCUCUACAACUCUCUGAACAUAGCUAUGCAGACUCUGAAACACAUGCCUGCUCAUACAAGCAGAGAGAUCCUGGUUAUUUUCAGCAGUCUUACUACCUGUGAUCCAGCCAACAUCUAUGAUCUUAUUAAAACUCUGAAAGGUUUGAAAAUCAGAGUGUCUGUUAUCGGUCUGUCAGCAGAGGUUCGAGUGUGCACCAUCCUCACAAGAGAAACAGGAGGAACCUACAAUGUGAUACUGGAUGAGAGUCACUUUAAAGAGCUGCUGACAUUGCAAGUGAAGCCUCCUCCUGCCAGCUCCUCCUCAGAGUGUUCCCUUAUCCGCAUGGGUUUUCCCCAGCACGUCAUAGCUUCCAUGUCAGAUCAGGAUGCCAAACCCUCUUUCAGCAUGGCGCACCUGGACAGCACCUCUGAUGAGCCAGGACUCACUCUUGGUGGAUACUACUGCCCACAAUGCAGAGCCAAAUACACUGAGCUCCCCGUGGAGUGCAAAGUGUGUGGUCUGACUUUAGUUUCUGCUCCUCACCUGGCCCGUUCCUUCCAUCACCUCUUCCCUCUGGAUGCUUUCCAGGAGACCCCACUGGAGGAUAAUGAGGGAGAGAGAUUCUGUGAAGCUUGCCAAGGGGAGUUAAAAGACAAAAGUGUGUUUACUUGUCCAUCAUGUAAGAAAGUGUUCUGUGUAGAGUGUGAUCUCUUCAUACAUGACACCUUGCACUGCUGUCCCGGGUGCAUGCACACAGACGGGACGUCCUGAUGAGCCCACAAUUUGUACUGAUGUGAACUUCAG